AAAUUUACCCCACGAAAGUACACGUUACGUGGUGUGGCAGAAGUGAGCUAGGAAUGGGAGGAGAAUCGCCGCAAAAGCGGCGGCUAACCGCCUCGAAUGAGCCUGUCGACAUGGCAAAAUCGAUCAGUGGAAAACACACCUCAUUGCCGAACGCGUUGCCGGCCCUGAACAAACGUGGGCGCGACAUGGCGGUCAAGGUUUUGCCGGACGCCCCGACCACCACAUUGCCCGAAGUGAACCCGACGCCGUCUACGGCUGGAUCAAAUGGAGCGGCCAGUUCCCCUGGAAAGAAACCAUCCGAGGCAUCGCCAAAGAAAGUUACGCCUCAAGCAGCUCCGGGGAAGCGGCACAAAUCAAUUCUCCAAGUGUCGCGAUCGAAGAAAACAGGAGAUAUCGUGCUUGAAUCCCAGCAGACCAUUGACACCGUCAUCAAGUACCAAAUGGGGCAGUGCGAGCUGCGGAAGCUCAAGGAUGUGUUCAACUACAUCGAUGCCGACCGCGUGGGUCAAAUUUCGUACGAAGAAUUUUUCGAAUUCAUCGACGAGAAUCGCAACCCGUACUCGGAGAGCCUCUUUCGCCUCAUCGAUGCCGACCGCAGCGGCACGAUCGACUUUGAAGAAUUUGUCCACGCGCUCACGACGUAUUGCAUGUUCACAAGAGAAGAAAUCCUCCAAUUUGCAUUCAGAACGUUCGACGACGACGACAGCGGUAGCAUUGACGAGUCCGAGUUUGCCAAGCUGGCCAACAUGGUCAACGAUGGCAAGCCUCUCUUCUCGGGCAACUUCAAUCGCGCGCUCAAGGAAUUUGACAAAAAAAACGAAGGCGUGAUCGAUUUUGCCGGGUUCGACUUGCUCAAUCGACGGUACCCGAUGAUUCUGUUUCCUUGCUUCCGCCUCCAAGACCGCAUCCAAAAAGCAACGCUGGGCGAAGCGCACUGGCUGCGGAUCCACAAGCGGUACUACGACAUGCUCAAAGAUGAGCAGUUCCGGAAAAAACACGGCGGCGCCGCCCCGCCAGUGUCCACCACGACCAAGCUCAAACUCAUCUUUGGCGUUGGCACGUUUGAAGUUUAUCAGCCUGAAUGAAUUUGUUGCCGUAUCCGUUCCGCGAAAGAGCAAGACAUCUGUGGGAGUGGCUUUCGGC